CAAACAAAAAUGUAAACCACUUUUUUUUCACAAAACAUCUAUGUAUAUAUAUGCUGCAGGCUCUUGCAUGCUAUGCUAGCUUAAGUUUAAGACUUCAAUCUGAGAAAAUGGUUUUGUCUGACCUGGAGACUAUCCACAAGCCAACCUACCAUGAAGUUGAAAUUAUUAGUAGAUCUGUGAGGGAUCUGCCACCAGCUAAUUACUUGUUCAAAAUCGAAUCGUAUUCCGUGUUGGUGGACACAGGGGUGGAGAAGUAUGAGACUGAUCAUGUUUUUCAUGCUGGAGGAUACAAAUGGAGGUUGAUACUCUAUCCAAGUGGUAAUCAUAAAAGCAAUGGCAGCGGUCACGUCUCCUUAUACUUGGCAAUAGCAGAUACUGAUGACCUUCCUGAAGGUUGGGAAGUUAAUGUAAACUUCAAGUUGUUCGUGUUUGAUCAGAAGAAUAACAAUUAUUUGACCAUUCAAGCUGCUGAUGGCGCAGUAAGAAAAUUUCAUGAAAUGAAAAAAGAAUGGGGGUUUGACCAAAUGAUUGAAUUGGAGGCACUAUUGGAUUCAUGUAAUGGAUACAAUGUGAAAGACACUUGCGUGUUUGGAGCAGAGGUUUUUGUGAUUAGUCACUCUGGCAAAUGGGAAAGUCUAUCUUUGAUCAAGGAGCCACCUAAAGCUUCCUUCACUUGGAAACUUGAGGAUUUCUCAACAUUGGACAAGGACUAUUACCUCUCUGAUCCCUUUACUGUGGGAGAGAGAGACUGGAAGUUGAGGGUUUAUCCCGAAGGAAUUAAUGCAGAAGAGGAAGACAAAGGUCUAUCUGUUUACCUAGAGCUUACAGAUUGUGAAAAGUUUCCAAAGAACAGAAAAUUGUUUGGGAAAUUCAAGUUGGGAUUAUUGGACCAGCUUCACGAUAAAUACUAUGAGAAAACAGCAAGCCAUUGGUUCGAUGCCCCCUCGAGUCAGGUAUGGUGGGGAUAUAAAAAGUUUGUUCCUCUAAGUGACCUCCAUAAGGCGGCAAAAGGCUAUCUUAAAGAUGAUGCUAUCGUAGUGAAUGUUGAAAUCCUUACAGUUUCCAUAGUUAAGAUUUCCUCCUAGAUAAUUUUCUUCUUAUUACUUAAAAAAAAUAAAGAUCAUUCCAUUUCCUUGUGGUUGUGUUGACUAUUAUCUUGUAUUUUGGUGAAUUUCUAAUGAAGUUGGUUGUGGUGGACACUUGUAUUUUGGUGUACUUCAAUUAUGUUAUACUUCAAUGUUGGUUGA